UUUACUGACACAAUGAAGGACAAAUCAUGUUAAUACUUCUACUACAUGUUUUAUUUAAAUAUUACCAACAGCAGGAAGCUCUAAAGUCAGUUAAAUCAUUUGAUUCAUUAAUACAAGAGUUGUAAUUAUCUUAAAUCCAUGUUUGCAUGAUGGAAAAAUGAUCUUACAUCAUCGAUUUGAGAUGUUUUACAGACUUUAUGUAAAGCUUUGAAAAAACACCAACCAGUUCACAUUUUAAACAAGAAACACCUGAAAUUAAAAUAUUAAAGAUGAAUAUUAGAUAUAUAAUAUAUUCUCACUCCUGACAGCGAUGAGUCAUCUAAACGGGCAUCGUCUCCGGUGCACAUGAGCGACCGGGUCCUCUCGGCGCCGGAGGGAGCCACGUUCAAACUCCGUCUCUUCGGCACGGAGCUCAACGGGAGCUGGCCGUGGGUGGCGUUCGCCGCGGGCGCGAGCGCCGGGGCGGUCGGGGAUGCGCCCGACCCGUGCGCGCUGGAGCCCAACCGCCGCGGCUCCUGGUUCCAGGUGACGGGCCCCUUCGCCGCGGACGAGGCGUACAGCGGGCUGGCGACGGUGGAGGUCCGGCGGCAGGGCGCCUCCUCCUCCUCCUCCUCCUCCGCCUCCUCCCUCCACCACCUGUGCGUGCGGAGCGGCGGGGGGUGGGCGUCCGCCGGCCCGGACAAGCUGCGGGUCAGCGCGGACUCGGGUCUGCCGGAGGACCACAUCCCGGCCUGGGGGCUCGCGGCGCUGGUCGUGACGCUGCUUCCGGCGGUGGCGCUGCUGAGGACGGUGCAGCUGAGCCUGCUGUGGCUGGACCCCGUGGAGCUCUACGUGCUGCACAGCUGCGGCUCCGAGGAGGAGAAGCGGGCCGCCAAGCGCCUGGAGCCCAUCCGGAGGAGGGGGAACUUCCUGACGUGCUCCCUGCUCUUCCUCUGCGCCCUGGGACACGCCGUCCUCGGCGUCGUCCUCUACCGCGCGCUGGGCACCGUCGUCUCCGCCGUCUUCGCCAGCGGCUUCCUGGUCUUCCUGCUGGCCGAGCUGGCCCCCCACGUGCUGUGCUCCGGCUACGGCUUCCAGAUGGCGCCGGGGCUCACCUGGCUGGCCCAGGUGUGCCUGGUGCUCACCUGCCCGCUGUCCUGCCCCCUGGGGCUGAUCCUGGACCUGGCGCUGAGGCGGGACGUCAGCACCUGCGGGAUAAGGGAGCGGGCCAUGGAGAUGAUCCGCACCAGCGUCAACGACCCGUACAGGUGAGAUGACCCCCCCGGAGGAGGAAAAGG